CGGCUGUGUCUGCCUGGAGCUGGGAGAAGUGAAGGUUCUAUAGAGGAACGUUCUGCCACCACCUGCCAGGAGAUGAGUGACCACCCCACACCAGGCCCUCGUCUGAGGACCUACCGGGACCUGCCGGUGUGGGUGGUGGAGGACCACCACGAUGUGCUGCCUUUUAUCUAUCGAGCUAUUGGGUCCAAGCACUUGCCUGCCAGUAACAUUAGCUUCAUUCACUUUGAUUCUCAUCCUGAUCUCUUGAUACCGGUAAAUAUGCCCGCAGAUACUGUGUUCGACAAGGAAGCCUUGUUCAGCGAGUUAAGUAUCGAGAACUGGAUCCUGCCUGUAGUGUAUGCUGGGCACUUCUCUCAAGUGGUAUGGCUUCAUCCCUCGUGGGCGCAGCAGAUCAAAGAAGGCAAGCACUUCUUUCUGGUUGGCAAAGAUAAGUCUACAACUACAAUAAGGGUCACAAGCACGGAUGAUUACUUUCUAAGUGACGGUCUUUAUGUUCCCGAAGAACAGCUUGAAAACCCCAAACCUCUUUAUUUGGAUGUCAUCUUGUUGAACCCUGUGAAGGAACCAGACUGUGAAGAUGCAGACAAAGGUGAAUCUGCUGCUAAAAAACUCAAGCUUGCAGAAAAUGAUGAAGUAGCAGGUGGUCCUACCUGUGCAUUUCAAUGUGCGUCUUCACAGGGAGUUGCAUUUGCUGUGUGUGAAGGGGCAGACGACAAUUUAAGAAAGGGCUCUUCCCCUUGUGGCAGCAUGGAAACAAAUAGUGAUCUGAAUACUAAACUCGCUAGAAGCAUUAUACAAGUCAUGGAAAAGGGGGAUGCCUACGUCUUGGAUAUAGAUUUAGAUUUCUUUUCAGUGAAGAAUCCAUUCAAAGAAAUGUACACACAGGAGGAAUAUAAAAUUUUGCAGGAAUUGUACAGUUUCAAGAAACCAGGCGCUGAUUCCUUACAGGAUGCUUUAGUUGACUGUGUUGAGAGCCGCAUUCGUCAGCUUGAAGAUUUGGAAGCUGCAUUUGCAGAUUUCUGCGAGGAUGAUAGUGUGGAGACUGUACAAAGAUGGGCUUCCAAUCUUGGAAUGAGCAGCCUUGUCCAGCUUGUGAAUAGUUUGAAAUGUCGAAUGCAAGCACCGGACUAUGAAAUGAUUCAUCAGGCUGGUCUUACGUGCGAUUAUGCCGAACUUCCUCAUCAUGUUAGCUCAGAGAUGGAAAUUGAAUGUUUAAUCCAGUCGAUGAAAAAUUUAUUAAGACACCUCCCAAAGCCAACCCUUGUCACAUUAGCCAGGUCCAGUCUCGAUGAUUACUGCCCUUCUGAACAAGUUGACUACAUACAAGAAAAGGUUCUGGAUGUGCUUCGUUCACUUUAUGGCACCCUGGAUGUUCACUUAGAAUUUUCCCCUGGAUCAUCAUCUAUCUGAUUGUCGGGUCACCACGUUUAUUCACAUAGUGACUAGAAAAGAGAACUCUCUCUCACACCACAAUAAACUGGGUCUCUGUGUGAAUCUGUGAUAGUUUACUGUCAGUUAAAUUGUUAUACUAUCCUCUAUUCAUGAUUUGUAAAGGCCCCUUUAGACUGCCCGAUGUUCAGGCAGAUUAUUUAGUAAAGGUGUAAUAGGAUUGCUGGUGCGGACACUGCAGAUCGUACUGGCAAACAAUGAUCUGUAAGGGGAGGAGCAAUGUCAUUGAUUGCUCCUCCCCAUACUGUGGAGGAGGCUGCUGCAUGUAACUAUCAAGGUUUCCUACACUGACGAGAACGCUUACUUCCCGACAAUCAUCUGCUCAAUUCAGCAGUGUUAAAGGUACAUGCACACGUUCAGGAUUCAUGUGCGGAGAAUUCGCACUGAAAUCCGCAGGUGUUCGCAGGUAAAUCUGUGCAGUCAAUCACCAUCAAUUGGUGAGGAUUUGCAUGUGGAUUUGGUGCAGAUUUUCCCCAUGUGGAUUUUACUAAGUGAAUGAAGUAAAUCCGGUCAGGAAAAAUAAAAUAAAUUGACAUGCUGCGAAUUUUAAAAUCCGCACCGCAGGUCAAAAUCCAUGCUGAAAAAAUCUGCAUCGUGUGCAUUGAGAAUUUCUCAUAGAAUACAAUGUACAUGACCUACGGUGCAGGUUUUCCGCACGCAAUCUUGAUCGUGUGCAUUUAGCCUAAAUGGGCCUUUAGUGUCACAGGCUAUGUUAUAACCUCAUGAUUAGACAAUACCAUUAGCUACCUCUAUAAGCCAGUCUCUAUAUUCACACAGUAAAGAUGCCCCUACAUCUUUAAUAGCUGUCAGCUGAAUGCUGUCUCUCCCAAUACCCCAUACACAUAUAUGUUUGGUUCGGCUGGGCAUGUAUGUGUUGUCAAUGGGGAGAAGGAAUGAAAGCUGCUUCAAGACACUUCUGGCAGCAUUUCAUCUCCCUGGAGAAGUACUGGGCAUUAAAUUUAACAUGCAUGAUCCUUCUUCACCCCAACCUCCUUUGUCAGAUAGUUGGGAGGCCCAUCAACACGUUAAUACUCUAAUGCAGGGGUGCACAAACUGCAGCCCGGGGGCCACAUGCGAUCCUCAUUCUGUGUGGCCCCCAGCCAUCUGGUUACAGAUGUCUAGUGGCUGUUCACAUGUAUUUUCCAUGUCGGAGAAGAGAAAUUGUAUGUAGUGCAGAGGAAGGUAAAUACUAAUGGUUGGCUGUCUGACCAUCUGUGGCAGAAUGGGGGUCUUUUGAUGUCCGUGUGGCACUCCAGAAAGGGGUAUAUGAAGUGGAGAAGUGGUCAUGUGUACAUUCAGCUAUCUUCUUUGUAGCUUAUGGCAGUAGUAAAACACUUGCCUGUUUUAGCAACACAAUAACUAUUCGAUUUACACAGGGAGACAAUCAGGCAGAUCAUCAGGGGCGAACAUUCCUGUGAAAGCUUGUUCCCGAAAAUCUGGCCAGUAAAGCACCGUCAAACACCCAAUGAAUUAGCGAAACGCUUGUUCGUUGGGCGAAACUGUCGAUUGUGCAGGCAUCUAAAUUAUCAUUUUUGGGCACCAGAUGUUGCUGUCUAAACAGCGAUCUGCUGCCCAGAAACAAUGCAGCGGUAUAAGGACAAGCGAUCACAAUAGCGAUCCCUUGUUCUCAUACUGUGGAGGUGAUCUCUACAUGUAAAUGCAGCGCUUCACCUCCAUUUAACAAAAGCUUCCUUCCCAACAAUCUGCUGCAUGUUGGCCUGUGUAAAUCCACCUUUACUAACAUGGUAGAAGUCCUGGAGGUGGAUCUACCUCCUAUCAGACAUUCAUAGCAUAUACUUUUGUUAUGCUAUAAUGUCUCAGAUGGUAAUACCCCUUUAAGUAUUAUUGUGGCCCAUAGAAAUAGUUUAUUCUGGCAGUGCGGCCCUUGGACAAGAGCUUGUGCAUCCCUGCUCUAAUGUGUAUGGGGACCUUAAAGAACCACUCCUAUGUUUUGUUUUGUUUUCAGACUUGCAUUUCAAAUAGAUAUUAAACCAACUUUACUAAUAAAGUUACAUUUUAAAUGCUUAGUUUAUACAGUAAUUCACAUCUGCAUCUUCAGUUACUGCAUCAUGUGACCUAGGACUAACCAUUUUGUCCUAAUACUUCCCUAGGAAGCCAGUUCCUUUCUGUGCAGAUUAAAACUACAAGGAGAAUUGUCUUCUGCUGUAUCUUGGCCCCUCAGCAGCUCUUCAUUCAUCCUAUUACGCCCCUAUCUCCUCCUCUACACCAGCAUAGAAUGCCUACAAUUACUAAACGGAAAGUCAUGUGACCAGAUCAAGUCACAUAGGUUAUACAUGGCAGAUAAAUGACACAACCAGCAAAUGCAAAGAUUUAUGAUGGCUAUUCUAUAAGCCCCUUUAUAUUAGGACAUUAAACAUAAUUUUAUCAAAUAAGUGUUGCUGAGAAUACAGACUGCCAGGAGGAGGAUCCGUGGAUGGAAACAACUCCCACCCUCAUUUACACUCUCCCCCUUGUAAAAGGAAUGAUGCAGCAGUAAGAACAAUUUUGACUUAAUUGUAGAGAUAUCUUAAGGUUUAGAGAAAAAAAAAAAAGAUGGGAGUGCUUCUUUAAGGGUAUACAUUUAGACGUGAUGGAAUUGCCGUUGAUUUUUCAUAUGGGUUUGUGGCCAGAAAAUCUUCAAUGAAAUACAAGUAAAGCAGAUGAAGUGUUAACAAAUUUCAUCCACUGGCUGCAUACAUUGACCUGUCCCCAAUUCUUGUUGCGGAUUGGUCAUGGAUUCGUUGCAGAUAUUACCCAAUGAGUUCAACAGGAAAGACAGCGUUUGCAGUGAACUGUUUGUUGCAGAUUAUGCUACAGGUUUCUCGUGGAUCCACAGCAAAAUCCACUGGUAUUGAAUAACAAGCUUCCCUGAAAGUUAAAAAAAAAAAAAAAAAUAUUCACCUUCUGAAAUCCAUACGAUUUGAUGCAGAUUUGCCUGGUGUAUCAGCCAAAUUCUUGUGGUUUUGCUGCGGCAAUUCUUUCAGAGCAAAUCCACUUUGUGUGGAUACACCAAAAGACUGCAAAGACACAUCCAUAAAUCAUACUAAAAACUGUUCUAUAUUGGUAGUUGUAGUUUAGUAACGUGUUCACAUAGCAUUGCUGCUUCCUUUAGCAGUCUUAGAUAUAACUGUAUAUUUCUAAUGAUUAAUAUGUAAAACAACUGUUUCUUGUUGCUGUUUAUUCGUAUGUUGUAUCGUUUUACAGCAUUGUCAGUUUUAAAUUUCUUAGCAAUACUGGAUUUACACGUGCAAGUCUGUCAUAGAACACAGAACUUGAUCUGUCAGAUACAGUGGCAUGGGAAGGUUUGGGCACCCCUGGUCAAAAUACUGUUACUGUGAACAGUUAUGCGAAUUGAAGAUGAAAUGAUCUCCAAAAGGCAUAAGUUAAAGAUGAAACACACUCUUUUUUAACAUUUUAAGCAAUACCAGGGUAUUUUGGUUUUAUAUAAAUUUAGAGUGAAAAAAGGACAGGAGUACCUUGCAAAAAUAUGAGAACACAAGGAGAUUUGAGUGCUCAGAUAACUUUGACCGAGGUCUCAGACCUUAAAUAGCCUGUUAGGGUUAAGGCUUGUUCACAAUCAUUGUUAGGAAGGAUACAAAUUUCAAAGCUUUGUAUAAAUAAAUACCCCCCACUUCUCCAACUUUGUCCCAAAAAACAGCAGCCAGGGGUUCCUCUAAGCAGCUGCUUAACACUCUGAAAAUGAAAAUGGUUGAGGCCCACAAAGCAGGAGAAAACUAUAAGAAGAUAGCAAAACGUUUUCAGGUUGCCUUUUCCUCAGUGUAGGUCAAGAGAAGGUCUGGAAGACCAAGAAAAAUUUGAGAGACAGCUGCCCGUAGGAUUUCUAGAAAGACAAAGAAGAAUCCUCGCUUGACUGCAAAAGACUUUUUGAUGAAGAUUUAGCAAACUCUGAAGUUGUGGUAUAUCGUUCUACUGUUCAGCAACACUGGCAGACAUAUGGCCUUUAUGGAAGAGUCGUCAGAAGAAAGCCUCUCCUGCGUCAUCACCACAAUAUUCAAUGUCAGAAGUUUGCAAAAGAACAUCUAAACAAGCCUGAUACAUUUUGGAAACAAGUCCUGUGGACCGAUGAGGUUAAAAUAGAACUCUGUGGCCACAAUGAGCAAAGGUU